ACAUUCUCUGGUAAUAAUAUCUUAAAUGUAUGUAAUUUUUGAAAUGGAUAAAAGUUUUAACAUAAUUAAUAUCACAAUAAUUUAUUAUUUGGCAAUGUUCGCGAACUCAUAUCAUGACAUAAUUGCCAUAGUUACGAGAUUUGUUUUUCCAUAAUCACUCAGAAAUAUAAGUAAAUACCCUAAUAAAAAAAAAACUAUAUAGAAAGUUUAAAAAUGGGAAUGUUUAAAAAGAUUUCGACAUUUUUUAAGAAUAAAUCUGAGAAAGUUACAAUUCUUGUCAUUGGCUUAAACAAUAGUGGAAAAUCAACAAUAAUAAACCACUUUAAGUCGCCACAGGAGCAAGCUGCAAUUACAGUUCCAACAGUGGGAUUUUCUUUGGAGCAAAUAAGAAAUGAAGGCGUUUUAUUUACAAUGGUAGAUACAUCUGGUGCAUGGCGUUAUAGAAGCUUAUGGGAACAUCAUUUUAAAAAUUGUCAUGGUAUUAUAUACGUUAUUGACUCAAGUGAUCGCAUGAGAUUGGUUGUGGUGCGAGACGAACUAGACACGCUUCUACAACAUCCCGAUUUAGUAAAUAGAAGUAUACCCAUACUUUUAUAUAAUAAUAAAGUGGACUGCGAAGAUUCUUUGUCCAGUGUAAAAAUAGCAGCUGCAUUGGGCUUGCACAAUAUUGUGGAUAAGCCUUGGCAUAUAACACCAAGCAAUGCAGUGACAGGCGAAGGCCUCGAAGAUGGUGUCCAUUGGUUAGUGCAACAAAUUAAAUCUAUGAAUUCUCAUAAUAAAAAGCUUAAGCGUUGAUUUAAUUGCAACAAUCGUUGACUAGUAAUAUAAUAAUAAUGAGAAUGCAAAAAAUAUAUUUUUAAAGUUAAGGCAUAAA